AUGUCUUACCUUUACUGGCAGGAUUCAGAGCUGUACAAUCAUGUCAAGGCAUCACAAGCAGGGCAAUCACAAGCGACUGCCGAUGAUGGUCAGUCGACUCAGCAGGACUACCUGCCUUCUGCUCUAGUGAAUUCAUACAAGGAUCCUACGCCCGCUGAUACUCAACAUCAAGUCAUGUAUGGCAUGAACUCGACGAGCAAUGACCAAGUACUCGCUCCUGUUGGUCUACAUGACGCGGGCCUAUCCGAAAGUGAUGAUUCAGGCCCACUUCCAAGUGAUGUCUCGGUACCACUUCCACUCCUUGAUCAACAAAUCGGUCAGCCCAACAUUCUUAGGUAUGAAUCCCUCAUAAUCCCUAUUAUUCGGAACAUCAACUCGUUCAAUAGUGCUGUUGGACAACCUUCAAACGACGGUUUUCCCACACAGAUUCCAUGCUUGUGGACUGACCAUCAAGGCAAGUGUGACUUUUCUGUGAAUACUAUCAAGAGCAUGCUCACGCAUAUAUCAUCACAACAUCUCCGUAAGAAGCAGCCAUCCGCUAGUCAGGUGCAAUGCCACAUUUGUUCGCCUCCAAAAACCAUCAGGAGAGAUACAAUCCGCCGGCACAUCCGGGAAAUACAUUACGGAGACAAGUGUCGCCGUAGACACUCCUAA